CAUACGCUUUGAUGCUCCGCCGUUGUAGGGAAUCUUUACUAGCGAGAGUCUCUUCAGCUCAGAGUCAAGAGAAGCCGUCGAAAAGCCUAACGAUCGAACAAAGAACUGAAGAAGAAGAAGAAGAAACUGAAACGCAGAUCUGUUUAUCAACAUCAAUCAAUCAAUCAUAGCAGAAAUGUCUGGAAAACCUAUCGCAAGCCCGAUCCCUGAAGUUUGGUAUCCGACCCUGUCUUUCUUCAUGCUCUCGGUUGGUCUCGCGCUCACUGCCUUUUUCUUCAUCUAUGAAGCUACCACUUCAAGAAAAAAUCGUAGCCUUUCAAUGGAGCUCAUUACAGGGACAUUUGCAUCUAUCUUCUUGGGUUUUGGGUCUUUGUUCUUACUCCUCGCAUGUGGUGUUUAUGUUUGAAAGAUGACUAAUGAGGGAAAGAGGCCUUGUGGAUUUGUUCUCAUUAAAGUUUUAGUGAAGAAGGUAAAUUGUAUUGGUCUUGUUGACAUCAUACAUAGUUUAUUUUAAGAUCAUGAUGAGAUGAUAUUUCUGCUGGAUGUGAAAAUACCCAUUUAUUCUCUUGAUGAAUAAUAUACUUCUUUUAUUGUCUCA